GUCGAUGACGGCGGUUGUUUAAUGCUUUAAAAAUAGAGGAAAUAAUAAUGAUUAGGAUUUAUAAUAUUGUGGAAUUGAUUACUGUAUAUUAAUUACAUCAAUUAGUUAACAGAUUCUCUUUGUUAUUAUUGGAUAAAUGCAAUCACAAGAAGAAUUGAAUCUUGAUCAAUUAAUUGAAGUACUUAGUUAUGAUAAGAAAGAUUUACCUAUGGAAUUAACUGAAAAAUCUAUCGCGAAUACACAACGUCAAAUUGGUAGUAGAAGUGUGAAAAUUUUAAUGCGCGGUAUUACUGAACAACAAUUAUUAGAUUUAACUCAUGCAGCUCGUGAAUUAUUUAUGAAUGAAUCAGUUCUUGUGCACACAAAUUCACCAUUAAUUAUUGUUGGUGAUUUACAUGGACAACAUAGUGAUCUAUUACAAUAUUUUAAACGUUGUGGUAAACCACCAGAACAAAAAUAUUUAUUUUUAGGUGAUUAUGUUGAUCGUGGUCGACAAUCAUUAGAAACGAUUUCACUUAUUUUGGCUUAUAAAUUAAAAUAUCCUGAUAAAUUGACUGUAUUACGUGGAAAUCAUGAAUGUAGUCGUAUAAAUCGUAUAUAUGGUUUUUAUGAUGAAUGUAAACGUCGUUAUUCAACAAAAUUAUGGAAAGUAUUCACUGAUUGCUUUAAUUGUCUUCCUUUAGCUGCAUUAGUUGACAAUAGCAUGUUUUGUGCACAUGGAGGUUUAUCGCCAGAUUUAAAGAAAUUAGAACAAUUGAAUGAUAUACGACGUCCAACUGAAGUACCAGAUAUGGGUAUUAUUUGUGAUUUAUUAUGGUCAGAUCCUGAUGGAUCAUAUACUGGUUGGAAAGAAAAUGAACGUGGUGUUUCUUAUACAUUUGGUGAAGAUGCUGUCAUACGUUUCAUGGAAGAUUGUAAUGUUAAACUAGUUGUUAGAGCACAUCAAGUUGUUGAAGAUGGUUAUGAAUUUUUCGCGGAUAAAAAAGUUGUCACAGUAUUUAGUGCAGCAAAUUAUUGUGGUGAAUUUGAUAAUGCUGGUGCAGUUAUGCAAAUUAAUGAAGAUGCAGUUUGUUCAUUUGUAAUUUUAAAACCUUAUAUUACCAAGAAGAAAUCAAGUGUGGAAAAAUCGGAUUCUACUAGUGAUUCAGAGAAGAAGGAAAACCCUACUUUGGAAGAAAAAGAAGAGACCCAAGAAACUGUUGACGAUCAAAAAUCAAAAUAACACAGCGAUCAUUAAUCUAAAUGUUGACAGAGAGAAUAAUACGUAUGUAUUGUUAUGUGUGUGUGUGUGUGUGUGUGUGAGUAUGUCCUUCUGGACAUGUUCAAAUGUCAUAAAUAUAACCAGCUUUUUACUAGUUUGUAACUAUUGUUUCAC